UUCAGCGCCUCAGAGGAUUAAAACAACUUAAUUUUUCACACUGAUCCACCUGCAGUAUGGCUCUGCUCGUCCACUUUCUGGCCUGUGCCUUUGGCGUUGGCUCCUGGGUGGCUGUGAACGGACUGUGGGUGGAGCUGCCGCUCAUUGUCAACGCACUCCCUGAAGGCUGGGAUCUACCCUCCUACCUAACAGUAAUUAUCCAGUUGGCUAACGUGGGACCCCUGCUGGUCACCCUGAUGCACAAACAGUACCCGGGGUGUCUUAAAGAGCAUAUUGUCAUUUACUCCAUCCUCUCCAUCGGUGUCCUGUCCUGCAUCCUGCUUGCCUUCUUCUGGGACAGGACCACGAUUUUUAUAGGGGCAUCACGCAGCACAGCCUUCUUUAUCAUAACUUUCUUCCUUUCUCUGGUGGACUGCACUUCUUCAGUUACCUUCUUACCUUUUAUGAUGCAGCUUCCAGCAAAAUAUAUUACCACUUAUUAUAUUGGAGAGGGGCUAAGUGGUUUCAUUCCUGGUGUAGCUGCUCUAGCUCAGGGUGUGGGUAUGGCCAAAUGCGUCAAUUCUUCUGAGACUGCAGGAAACCACACAGGAUCAUUACAUACGGAGUAUCUUCCCCCAAACUUCUCCACCGAGGUGUUUUUCUUCAUCCUAGCAGCCAUGAUGUGCAUAAGCCUGGCUGCUUUUGUUGCACUGAACAGACUCCCUCGGACAUACGAGCUGUCCACUGAGAACCUUGUGCAGGAUACAGUAGUGUCUGUCAGCUCCUAUCUGGAUAACUCAGGGGCUGAUCUUGAUGGAGGAAGCGUAAAAAACAAUGGUGAGGCGGUUGCCCAGGGAAGACAUCUGGUGGCAAAACCUUCCGUGUAUCAGCUGACCUUCAUUUACUUUCUGGUGGUGUGGGUUAAUUCUGCAACCAAUGGCCUGCUUCCCUCUGUGCAAACAUACUCCUGUAUGCCAUACGGAAACCUGGCCUAUCACCUCUCUGCAGCUCUGGCAUCAGUGGCCAACCCAGUGGCCUGUACUCUUGCAAUGUUCAUCCAAAACAGGUCGCUGGUCUUUCUCGGCCUUCUGGCGGUGGUGGGGACGGGAUUUGGCAGCUAUAACAUGGCCAUGGCAGCUAUGAGUCCCUGUCCCUUGCUUCAUGGGUCUGCAGUGGGAGAGGCGAUAAUUGUGCUCUCCUGGCUCUUCUUUACUGGGACAUUGUCUUAUGUCAAAGUCAUGGUGGGUGUCAUCCUGAGAGACCGGAGCCACAACGCUUUGGUCUGGUGUGGAGCUGCGACACAGAUGGGUUCACUAGUGGGCUCCGUCAUUAUGUUCCCGCUGGUUAACAUUUACCAGUUCUUCAAGUCAGGAGACUUCUGCAACACCGAGUGCCCUCUAUGACCACAGUACUGAUGACGAGCUGCAGACUUUGUUAGAUUAAUUUAAUCUUUUUUUUGCAAAAGAUGUAGAUGAAAGGCGCUCUCAUGACUAUAAACAAAAAGUGAAGCCAGAACUGUUUCUGGCAUGUCACUCCCUCACUAACAAACAUGCUGCAUCUUGUUUUUAAUCAAGGCACAAAUUAACACACAAAAGAGAGAGUGGUUAUGCAGUCCUGUGAAAAACGAAAUACACUCUAUGAUUCAGUUGUUUGUAUGACCACCUUUAGCGGCAAUAACUUGAAGUUAUUGUUUUCUAUAUGACUUUAUUGCUCUCUCACACUGCUGUGGCCCACUCUUCUUUACUGCCUUGCUUUAGUUCAUUGAGGUUUGCAGGCAUUCAUUUAUGCACAGCUCAUAAAUCCACAGUAUUUCAAUCAGGUUGAAGUCUG